AUGUUAGCUCAGUCUCAGCCCCCCUCGACCACCCUGGUCUAUACCAUGUCUACUCUGCGUUUGAAGUCUGAUGUCGAGUUGGCAGCAAUGACUUCAUUCCAGUCAUUCACAACUCUCGUUGCAAACGUGGACGCUAUCAGGAUUUUGUUUGCUUUGAUCAAGUAUCCGCGUCGCCUACGCCCGUUCAAUGAGGAAAGGUUUAAGGCUUCGAGACGCCUCUUGUAA